AAGAGAUCUCAAAUCUGUGCCGUUAAAAUUGAUCUAACAGAUUCGACUUGUCUCUCUCAGGUCAACGCCAGCUCUCUUUAGCUCCGAGACCUUUCUUAACAAACCUCUCCUUCCUUCUAAUUUCACUGUUUCAUCCAUUCCCCGAGAUUUCUCGCCUCUUCACGCGUCGUGACGUCAAUUCCACAACUGGGUCAAAUUUCUCAGCUUCUUCCGAUUAUUUUCCGGUGAUCAUAUAUUCUCAUCUCCUUCCAUUGCAUAUGGACAAAAGUUUCUAAUUCUACCCUUUGAGGUUUCGAUGAUUUCAGUUCCAAGUAUAAAUUUUGAGACUUUCUAUUAAAAAUCAAGACUUUCGGAGAGAAAAUAAACAGGCAAUGAUGCAGCAAGAAGAUCGAAUUAGAGGAGAUGAAGUAGACGAGACAGAUCUAGAGUCUUUAACAAGCGCUAAUCGUAGAGACGCUCAUAGAUUUAGGGCACAGUUCUCAGGGAUGGUGAGACAAAGAGCAUAUAUAUUCGACGGCGAUGGUAAAUACUACAACAAGGAAUGGGAUCUCGCAGAAGGAACAGGUAAAGAGUUUUGUUGGUAUCAUGUAGAGUUACCGAAAGGGAACCAGAAACUCUCUCAAUCCGCACAGCAUCUUAUAGACGCUCUGUGUCCGCCAUUGAAGCUUCAAGACAUUCUUUCUCUUGUUAGUAACGGGCCCUUUUGUGGACAUGUUGAUGGAGCGCUUGUGUUUAGAGUUAAUUCACCUGGUCCUGCUUCGAGCAGCUUCACAUUCAAGAUUGCUGCUAGGAUCACCGAGAACUCUGUGAUCACAGUGUCUUUGGGUAGAGUUCCUAGGCUUGGAUUCUCUCCUAUGGGUCAGUCUCUUCUCUCGGAAGUCCCUAGCGUGGAUUCUCCUUCGUACUAUCGUGGAGAGCAGAAGGAGAGAAGCGGGAUCGUGAUCGAGGAGCACGUUCUUGAGUUCUUGCUGACGAUGAACCACUCUGAGGAAGCUGAUAACCCCGUGCCGAGCUCUGUGUCGAAUCUUGUCGUGCAUAUCAUUGAUACGCAUGUUGAUCAGCUUCAAGAUGUUGUCACUAAACUUGAGAUCGAAUUGGAUGCUGUGGAACUCGAAAUGGAUAGAGGUGGAUUUGCUAUGAAGAAACAGAUGUUGGAUGAUAGAAGAUUCCCAAAAUUGCAUCUCAACUUGCAGCGCCUUUUGCAGGUGAUUGCACAUGGAGAACAAGUGUUUCCAAGAGUGAAGGAGAAAUGUUCCACGAAGCCUUGGUUUCUAGCAGAGGAUAUCAACUCACUGGAAGAGUUGAUUGGGAGGUUAAGACGUUUAAAAGAGAACGUAGGGUUCAUCGCGAACCGUGUGACCGCGAUACAAGCUGGUCUAGAUAGCUGGCAAGCCGAGCAAAUCAACCGAAAGCUCUAUUACCUCUCUUUCCUUUCAAUCAUAUUCCUUCCUCUAUCAAUCAUAACCGGAGUUUUUGGGAUGAACGUUGGAGGAGUUCCUUGGACUGGACAAGACAAGCCGGAGCUAGGAGAUGGGUUUAGAAACGUGAUGUACAUCUGUCUUAUAAUGCUGGUUCUUGUGUUAUCAUGUUUUGGUUUUCCGGCGUUAUACAGUCGGAUAGCUUCUUGGUGGAGAAUGAGAGCUAUGAACAGAAGUUGGUCUCUUAACAGAAGAUCGUUUCAGAAGAGACCAAACAUAGUCCAAGAAAGAAGAGGCUACCUUAGACUCUGAAACCCAAAACGACUUUCAAGGACUCUUUUGAGAUCUCUUCAUUUGCUUUUCUUUCACGUUUUUUUUUUUUUCAUUUUGCAUAAUAUUUACUUCUUGUAACUCUUACGGAACUUUUUGAGUUCACAUUAUUCUGCUGUUUUAGGUCUUUGAGUAAAGACUACAGUGUACAGCUACUAUUCUUUUUAACUCUUAAUUUGUUAUAGAUUCGUUUAAUUUCAAAGUGUGUGAAAGCAAGCAAGUCGUGGUAGCUUAACGUCUGCUUCUUUAUGCUUCGUACGUACUCUAUGAAUCGUG